GAAGGCCCGGCUCUCCUGACCUCAGGCGGCCCAUGUGUCAGUGCAAGAAUGCUCUGCGGGUCAGGUCCUUGGUCAGGCCCAAGCCUGGACAUCAUAAGCAUAAGCAUCAGAACCUGCCUGGUGAAAGUAGGAGCAAGUGUGCCACUUCCAGCAGAGAGUACUUUCCAAAACAUAUAGGUCACUCUUGCUCAAGAGUCUCCCAUGGUUCCCCGUUGCCCUCAGAAUAGAGUCCAGGUGAUUCAGCUCACAAGGCUGUGCAUGGCGUGGCCUCUGCUUCCCGCUCCAGCUCCAACUCACACCCUCCCAUGUGCCUCCUAACUUCUGGGCCUCUGCUGUGCUUGCCUCUUUCCCAGGAUGCCUGCCACAGGCCUUUGCUUUCUUCGUACAUUUCCAACUGUUGUGCAGGUCCCGGUUUAACUGUCUCCUCUUCCAGGAAGGCUCUGCUACUGCCUUCCAUAUCCUUGUUGUGCUCUAACUCAGUGUGCUGGGAAAGUGGGUCAGGAUAGUGUGUGUGGAAGACUUGGCUAGGCUGAGUGGGCAACAAAAAGCUCUGGAGGGUUGAGAGCUCAAGUGUGGGCGAUGGCAAUCUGCAGGAGCCAGGAGAGGAAGGGGAGGAGAUGAGGCAUUUUGACAGAACUCAGAGGCUGGGUGCAGGACACUGCUGCCCAGGUACAGGGGCAGAACAGUGCUUGGGCAACUCCAGAGUUUCAAAUCUAGGGACCUGGAGCUUUGCAAACUCCAGAGAUGGUCAGGAGGACGGGAGGCCAGCAUUGACAAAGCACACGUUGGAUGUUUUACCAACGUGGUCUCCCGUAGACUCCAUAGACCUCCAAGAGGCACCCAGGCAAGGAGAUUGGAACCCAUGGGGCCCGUCCUGCCACCCCAUCACUCACGGGGACAGCUCUGAUCUGAAUCUCUUCAUGGAGGUCCAGGGUUACAGGUGGGACCUAUGGGCCUGUGGAAAGGCCCAGCCCCAGCCACAUUGGCGGGUGCAGGGCAGGGCAGUGGUAACGUUCACAGACAGACAGACCAGCCACUCUGACAUCUGUCCACUCAUCAGUUACUGAGCUCUGCUCACUACCAGGCAGUCUGUUCUAGACUGUUCCGGUGAGGGUGAAAAUCCACACUGCACCACUGCUCCAUGUUUUCCAUGGGUUUUUUCUGGUCUUCGUGGCCAGAGGGAUGAGUAUUCCUUCUUCACAGAAGAGAGGACUGAGGCCCCCAGAUGUUGAGACGCUUGCCCACGGUCACCCGGGUAGCCAGCUAUGGGUCUGGGAUUCACACCCAGGUCUGUCUGAUGCCACACCCCAGGUCUUGCCCCAUGGCAAGCGAUCAGAGCAUUUGGAACUGGCUUGAGCAGAACGAAAAGUUCUGUUUCUCGAGCUGACAACAGCUCAUUUGACUGUAGGGGGAGCGCAAAGUGACUUCUCUAUGAUGACUGUCUGUCUGCAGUGUUCAUGUACUUCACAUGCUACACGCUACAGGCUAAGGGCAGAGACCCAUGGGAAGGGGUAGCAGCUGCCCCCCUGCCCUUUGCUGCACUCACCAUGUCUCAUACCCACAAGCUCAGCUCUUUCUCGACUCACCGUUGGUCCUGGCCAUCUCCAGGGAGAGCGUCAGGUAGCUAAGUUCCUGCACUUAAGUGAUGACCUCUAAUAAUUAUGUCCUGCACCAUCACCACAAAACUUGAUGCUGGGCUCUGGGCUUGGAGAUGCAGCAGAGCUAGACUGUGGCAUCAUCUCCACCCCUCACAAGCCAGGCGACACUGGACACGGUGCUGCUCACCCAGAGACUCAGAUUUUGCACCUAUGGAAUGGGAUCCAAUAUAUAGCUCUCCUAGCAUUUGAUGAUAAUUUAAUAACUACUGCCCAGUAAGUCAGUUGUUUUUUUUUAAUCACACUCCCAAAUGGCUUGAUUUUAAAAUCCUCUUGCUUCAAGUUGGCUUCAGAAAAACAUCUUGACAUAUUUUGAUCUAGCUCAGUUUUAUUCCUCUGGUCCUGAACUCAAGCUAGUCUUUUCCCCUCUGUGUGCUCCAGGUGGCUCUCCAAGAGUUUGGGCCUUCGACUUGAUCAGUGGUUUCCCAGGGUCUGCUGAGCCCUGGCUCCCUGUAAAGCGUGACCUGGCUGAGCCCUGUUACAACCCAAGGAUGAGGAGAUGGUGUUGUCUCUUCGUUUGGUGCAAGAGGGAAUUGCACCUCAGACUCCAGGAUGUUAAUGGGCAUUUCUCUUGGUUUCCAUCCUGUCUAGAGCACACCAUGGCCACCCCCCUGGAGGACGUUGGCAAGCAGGUGUGGCAGGGUGCCCUGCUCCUGGCAGACUACAUCCUGUUCCGGCGGGAUCUCUUCCAGGGACGCACUGUGCUGGAGCUCGGGGCGGGCACAGGGUUUGCCAGCAUCGUGGCAGCCACCAUGGCACGCACCGUUUAUUGUACAGAUGUCGGCGCAGACCUCCUGGCCAUGUGCCAGCGAAACAUUACCCUCAACAGCCACCUGGCAGCCGCUGGAGACGUUGGCAGUGUCUCCCCCGCAUCCCAGCCGGUCUUCCUAGCUCCUCACUUGCGCUGCCCAGAUUGUCUUCCAUGCGGCAUCAAGAGUGGCCUUUCUGAGAUGCAAGCCUUCGCUCCACUCAGAAAACCUGCCAAGGCACCAGUGCCCGUGCAGUGGUAUCGUGAAGGUCAGGGAGCUGGACUGGCUAAAGGACAACCUGUGCACAGCCAGCUGUGGACCUGGAGCCAGUGUGCUGGACAAAGGCCUGCCUGGCAGUGCCUGCUGCGCCAAGCUGCCUCCAACCCUUUCUCCUGCCCUGAAACUUCUUUGGGCCAGACUCUCGGGGAGGCCUGGUGGCCAGCAGAGAAAGGACUGGGCCCCAGCGUCGCUUCUCCUGCAGAUCCUGAGGUCCCCUUCAGCUGGUCAGAAGAGGACAUCUCUGACCUUUAUGACCACACCACCGUGCUGUUUGCAGCCGAAGUGUUUUAUGAUGACAGCCUGACGGACGCUCUGUUUCGCACGCUGCACCGGCUCACCCGCAGGCUGAAGAACGCCUGCACCGCCCUGCUGUCAGUGGAGAGGAGGUUCAACUUCACACUGAGACACCUGGACGUCACUUGCGAAGCCUAUGAUCACUUCCGCUCCUCUCUGCACGCGCUGGAAAAGCUGUCAGACAGCAAGCUGCGCUUUGUGGUAGAGCCAGUGGAGGCCUCCUUCCCGCAGCUGCUCAUUUAUGAGCGCAUCCGGCAGCUGGAGCUCUGGAAGAUCAUUGCAGAACCAACAGCGUGACCUGUCACUGUCAGGACGCAUGGCCUCUUGACUGUUCUCGUAAUACAGUUCUAAUAAAAUCAAAAGUUCAACAAA